CCGCCCCUCCCCAAGAUGGCGGCGGGCGGGAAGGCGGCCAGCGGGGCCGGCGGCGGGAGGAGGCGGCAGACUUGUUCACACAAAGCAGCUGGCAAACGGCCCUCUAAGAGGCUAAAAUGCGAAAGAACGAGUCUGGUGAAGUCAGGACUGGAAGGUUGUGUGUGUGGGAUUGAGAACCCUCCUGCCCCUAAAGCACCCGCUGAGGGCUCAACUCCAGAAGGUACAGGAGAUGACCAGGUAAUUCAACUGGAAAAAAGUGAAAGCAUCCCAGAGACUGGUGGAGAAAAACGGAAGGAACGUGAUGUUUCUUCAAAGCCACGUGCAGCGAAAUCAAGGAGAGCUUCUUCAAAAACAGAAAGCAGUGAGAAUCUGCCAGAUCGUGCCUGCAGGGAGGAGGGGAGCAGCUGUGAGAGCUUGCUUUUGGAAGGGACCGACUUGAAGGAUGGAGACAUCCCUAAGAAACUAAGAGAACUGGAUAACAGUGCUUUCUUGGAUGAAGACAGUAACCAGCCGAUGCCAGUGGAUCGGUUCUUUGGAAACAUUGACUUUAUGCAGGAUCAGCUGGCAGCUGUACUCCCGAGCACAGCAAUGAGCAGGAGGGAAUACAGAAGGCUGCAUUUCAUCGCCAAGGAAGAUGAGGAGGAGGACGAGGAUGCUCUCUAGCAGCAAACUGUAAAACAGAGGAAACUUUGUUUUCAGUUUUCUUUGUCUUUCUACCAAAGUGCUGGUGGUUGGCUGUAUCACUAGCAUGAUGUCAGUGUUUGCAUUUUCUUAGAGAAUGGGUAGAGUCUGCUUCUACAGAGUUGUCAGAGACAGGAUUCCCCACACUUUUUUUAGGGCAGAGUUUGACUGAAUGCUCAGAGAAUUGGACAUAAAUUGUAAUUGAUUAUUAAUCACUAGUACCUAUAAAAAAGCAUGGAAAAUAUCAGCUCCUAUUGUUACAAGUCUGAACUCAUAUUUACAGAAAACACUUGGCCUAUUCUCACUUAUUUUUAAAAAAUUAUCAUCUUGGGACAGUUCUUUUCUUUCUGGGAUGUCUGCCAUUACAGCAUCUUGCUAGUAAUGCAGCCACUUGACUUGCUCACUUCAAAGAGGGACACCAGCUUCUGUUGUGCAAGUUGCCUUGCAUUGUUUGCCUUUAAAAUGCAAUUCUGCUGGCAAGACUCUGCACAUAUGUGAUUAUGAAUUCAGUGUUUUUAAUCUCCAGACAUUAGUGUUUUUUUAUUGCUCCUCUGUUUUCUGAACAACCAUGUGAAGCUCACAGCUUCCAUCUUCCACCACAUCAGCUGUAAGCACUGCCCUUUUGACAGCUCUGCAAUGCAGAUUGUUCAUUAUUUUCAAAUGACUUCCAAAGGUUAUGAACAGAAAUUCUGUAAAGAAACACAUUGGCAGUGAUAAAGGCAGAACAGAAUCUCUCAGCAGGACUUUACUGGUAGACAAACAAGUGCUGGUGGCCAAGUAGAUAUGGGUCAGUCCUUCAAAUCUGUUAUUUCUGGCCUGCAUUUUUUAGAUGAUGAUGAGCAACCUCAUAUGAUUCCAGGAAUUGCUAACUCAUCCAGUGUUCAUGAUAAUACUUUGAAAGUGUGAUUCUGCAAGAAGCUCUCAGAUAUUUAUUAUUGUAAAAAUAAAGAAACUGUUUCUAAAAAUGCAGAGGAAAUAUGAUCAGCAGAUGGUUUAAAUCAAUAUUAAUUUCUACAGCUACAAUGUGUUGAACAUUCAAAAAUCUGAAGCCAAACAAAUCGUAUAUGCAUGACAUGUUAAUUUAUUCAAAUUCCCACUCCAGUUGAUGUAUUGUUUCUGUCAGUGCUAGUUCUUGGCUCCUUUUUACUCUUAAGUCUGUAACACUGAAAAAAAAUCUUCAUAUUUUA